AUGGCACCCCAGGUCGAGAUAAGACCUCAAGUUUUCACACAGCUAUUUCCAAACAAAAUCGAAUCUAAAGUCCUAUCACGCAAGCCGGUGCCGCGGAUCUGGAACCUCGAAGAUGGUUUCUGCAUUGCUGCCUUGAAAUCAGAGUGGUACAAGUCAAUGUUUGCCAUCCAAAGCACUUUUUUCCACACUUCUAUCGACUUCUUCCGCGGUCCUCAGCUUGACUACCGCUACCUCCUCGUACCGCUCACUACCGGAAGCAUCAGUUCGCCUAUGGGUCUCGGCUCAGACUCGCAGCCCGUGUCCGUCAAGUUGCACGGAGAAGAUACCUACUUGGCCGAUUCUCAGCAAUUUCUCCUUGAAUACGCCCUUCGCUACGAUGAUGAUGUACCCGGCACCUACUACGUCGGUACCAGUUGUCGCGGGGAGGACCACGACAGCACUCACCUCAAUCAAUUCUACCACGUGGAAUGUGAGCUUAGGGGCGGCCUACAUGAGGGAAUCAACGUCGCCAAUGAGUACAUCAUCUCCCUGACAAAGACUUUACUGGAGAAACAUGGCGAAAUCAUUAAGUCUUUUGCCGGCUCAACUCGCCACAUGACGGACCUCCUGAAGCUCGCUGCUAGAAAUGGCGGCAAAUUUCCCAUGUUACCUUUAGAAGAAGCACUCGCAUUGCCAGAGAUCAAGGGCGGCGAAGGUAUUAUGUGGGAGUACACCGUUACAGGACGUCCUGAAUGCGGGCGUUCGCUAACACGAAGGGGCGAGCAGGCAUUGGUGAAGCGUUAUGGCGGUGCUUGCUGGGUUGUCGAGAUGCAUCAUCUCAGCGUACCAUUCUACCAGGCUUAUUCCGAUGGGUCCGAACGCAGUACAGCUCGUUGUGGUGACUUUUUGCUUGGACUGGGGGAGGUCGUCGGCUGCGGCAACCGUCAUACCACAGCUGAGGAGGCUUUGGCCGCUCUUGGUCAUCACGGGGUUGACCCGGCCGACUACGCUUGGUACGUCGAUAUGCGAAGUCAGAAACCUCUCCAAACCACUGGAUGGGGCAUUGGAUCUGAAAGAUUUCUCAGCUGGGUCUUGCAGCACGACGAUGUUCGGGAUAUCCAGUUGAUACCCAGACUCAAGGGGCAAACUUGCGCGCCGUGA